GAAAAACUCUAAAAAUGGCGAGUGGAUUUUGAUGUAGGAGUGUAACGGGAGUUGUAGUGUUUACAGCCGAGAUCCAACGGGACGCUUUGGAGGAAAACUUUUUGAAGAGUUUUCUCUGAUCCUACAGGUGGGUGGGUCUCAGCGUGAGUGAGAAGCUUUCUCUGCUCUGCCAGGAGCCAGGAUCAGGCCAGGUAGGGGACCUGGAUGUGACUUCACACCCACUGAGGAUGCUCUGAACUGGGAAGACUCUUCCAAGGUAUCCCCUCUCAACAAAGAUAUGGCUUCAGCGGUGUCCAGCUCAGGAUCAGCUUCCCCCGGCUCGCAGGUUCACGCGGCAGCUGUCAAUGGGGAUAGGAGCGCCCUCGUCAAACUGAUCACAGCCGAGCCACAUUUGAGGGACCAUGAGGACCAGUUUGGGCGCACCCCUCUGAUGUACUGUGUGCUGGCCGACCGACUGGACUGUGCUGAGGUUCUGCUGAAGGCCGGAUCCUCGGUCAACAAAACGGACCACAGCCAGAGGAGCGCUCUGCACCUUGCAGCGCAGAAGGGAAACAUGCGUUUCCUGAAGUUACUCCUGUCCAGACGGGCCAACUGUCUGCAGAAGGAUUUGGAGGGAAUGACCCCUCUCCACCUGGCCACCCGACACCCAUCUCCUAAAGCCCUCGCACUGCUGCUGAAACACAUCGGGCCUGGAGAGGUGGACAUCCAGGAUAAGAAUAAGCAAACUGCUCUUCACUGGUCAGCGUUUUAUAACCGACCAGAGCACGUCCGCCUUCUCAUCAAGCAUGAUUCCAACAUUGGCAUCCCGGACAGUGAGGGGAAGAUUCCUCUGCACUGGGCUGCUCAUAGUCAGGAGGCCAGCGCCACACAAACUGUCCGCUGCAUACUGGAAGCAGCACCCACAGAGUCCCUGCUGAACUGGCAGGACUAUGAGGGCCGGACACCUUUGCACUUUGCUGUUGCCGACGGUAACAAGGCAGUGGUUGAGGUAUUAACGUCCUAUGAGGGUUGCAAUGUCACAGCGUAUGAUAACCUCUUCAGGACACCACUGCACUGGGCAGCACUGCUUGGACAUGCAAAAAUUGUCCAUCUGCUGUUGGAGAGAAACACAUCGGGGACAAUUCCUUCAGACAGCCAAGGAGCGACGCCACUGCAUUAUGGGGCUCAGAGCAACAAUGCUGAGACUGUUGGUGUAUUUCUGUCUCACCCAUCUGUGAAAGAUGAACCUGACCUGGAGGGACGGACAGCCUUCAUGUGGGCCGCCGGGAAGGGCAGUGAUGACGUCAUCCGCACAAUGCUUGCCCUUGCCACCCGGAUCGACAUCAAUAUGGCUGACAAAUACGGCGGCACCGCGCUUCAUGCAGCCUCCCUGUCCGGCCAUGUGAGCACAGUGAAGCUGCUGCUGGAGAAGGGAGCCACAGUCGACUCACUGGAUGUCAUGAAGCACACGCCACUCUUUCGUGCCUGUGAGAUGGGAUACAAAGAUGUUAUCCUUACUCUCAUCAAAGGUUCUGCUUGUGUUGACCUGGUCGAUGUGGACGGUCAUACUGCUCUCCACUGGGCAGCUCUGGGGGGGAACGCUGAGGUCUGCCAGAUACUGAUGGAGAACGGGAUCAGUCCCAACGUACAGGAUCACGCAGGACGUACUCCGCUGCAGUGUGCCGCAUAUGGUGGUUACAUCACAUGCAUGGCUGUUCUCAUGGAGAACAACGCCGACCCAAAUAUUCAGGACAAGGAGGGGCGGACUGCGCUCCACUGGUCUUGUAACAACGGGUAUCUGGAUGCUGUGAAACUGCUCCUGGGCUACAAUGCCUUUCCAAACCAAAUGGAGCACACCGAGGAGAGAUAUACCCCUCUUGACUACGCUUUACUGGGGGGGCACAGUGAGGUCACCCAGUUUAUGCUGGAGCACGGCGCUCUGUCUAUAGCCGCCAUCCAGGACAUCGCCGCUGCGACCAUCCAGGCCGUCUACAAGGGCUACACCGUCCGUAAGGCCUUCAGGGAGAGAAAGCAGCUCCUAAUGCGGCACGAGCAACUGCGCAAAGAUGCAGCCAAAAAGAGAGAAGAGGAGCAGCGAAGGAGAGGAGCAGCGCAGCAAUCUCAGGACAAACCAAGGGGUUCAAUUCAACGAGCAAAGCAGGCGGAGCUCUUAAUGAACAUCGUGGAAAAUCCAAGCAUGAAUGAUUCCUCUGUGGAUUCAAAGAAACAGAGAAAAAUCAAAGAGGGGAGACAUAAAGCCAAGAGGAGCACGUUUCCCAGUAGAAGCACUGCAGCUGAACGACCUGAAGCUUCAGAAGCUGUGAGCAGUAGUUCCCUACAGAGCAUCAAUGCUGAGCCUGAAGUUCAGCAGCACACCAGGCUGAAGAAACUUCUCUCUCCUGCCGCCUCCAAAGAGCCCCCCAAUCUAACACCCACACCUUCCAAAGCUCCCAAAGCCAGGGAGCGGACUCACUCAGUCGCCUCCGCUGCUUCCUCAGACCAAACCCAGGUGAGCUCUGGAGAUGUUAGAAGGAAGGACAAUGUGCACUCUUCCCCCAACAAGCACAAGAACCACAAGGAGGCGACCUCAGAGGUCGCUUUCGGAGGCCGAACUCCAUCACUAAGGAGCAGCUCAUCUUCACAUCCCAAAAGACCACGGAGAAAAACGCAGCCUGGUGUCACACAAGCUGGAUUAGUGGGGAAGCGUGAGAAGGAGCACCUGAGGAGGAAUGAGGCUGCCCGUAUCAUUCAGCAAGCGUGGCAGAGGUUUCGUGCACGCAAGAGGAGGGAGGGGAGAGGCUGUGAAGAAGCUGGCCCAAGCAAGUCGAACCAGAUCCACAAUAGGAAAAGAGUGGAAAACAGAACUGCGCUCUGUAAACCUGCACCGAGUAAGAGCUCUGUGCUGCAGAGCAUCUAUGGCAGCUCUGUGGCACAGAGAGGACGCACCUUUCAGGGCUCUAAGACUCCCCUCCUGCAUGACGUUCCCCUACGCGCACAGAGUCAGCUGGGCGGUUUAAACUUGGUGCACCUGACUGACGCCUUAAGUCGAGCCAAGCUGUACUCCUACCACCUGAGGCCACAGAGUGCAGGACAGGGUACGAGAGGCCGAGGGAAACACUAAGCACAGCCUCUCAGUAUAUACUACCGGUUCUUUAAAAAAACUGUUUUAUUGAGAUUUUUGUGCUAUAGACUACCACAUCAUUUUGAAGUAAAAAAAAAAACAAACAAAAAUAUGUACUUUUGUAAUCAGCUGCUAGUAUUUUUGGUCUCUUUAUUUUUUACAAAAUAGUUUAAGCGUAAUCAGAUUGUAUGGAGAAUUUCACAUAUAUAAACUGAACUUUGACUGGGACCUUCUUGCACAUCAAUAUGCUUUGAUAUAAACCCUCCUUCAUAGCUCUGUACGUUCAUUUAGUUUGAACCUCUGCACCAGUCAUACACAAAUAGACAAUAAUGUAGGUACCCUUCGUUUAAUGAAAGAAAAACCAACAAAGGUCACAGAAAUAACCUAAAUCUGACAAAAGUCAGAAAAAAUAAGAUAUUGAUUUCCAACCAUGCUUCAUCGAAAUGAGUUUAAAAUAUAAAUUCAUGAAACAGGCCUGGACGAAGAUGGUACUCCUAGAAAAUGUGACCAAAGGAACAUAUUAAAUCAAGGUUUGUCUACUAAUUAGCACCACAGGUGUCUACAACCUUGUAAUCAGUCAGUGGGUCUAUAUGUAAGGCUGCAGGUGGUCACUGUGCUGUUAAGUGACAUGGUAUAUACCACACUCAACAUGGACCAGAGGAAGCAAAGGAAAAAGUUGUCUUAGGAGGUUAGAAAGAUGUCAAAGGUAAAGGCUAGAAGAGCAUCUCCAAGCAGCUUGAUGUUCCUGUGACUACAGCUUCACAUUAUUCAGAAAUUAAAGCUCCAUUGGAUUGUAGCCAUCCUUCCUGGAUGUGACACAAAGGGAACAUUGAUGACAAAACAAAGCAUGGCUGCUAAGCAAUGUCUGACUUUCAGCUGUUAAUUUUCAUAAAAUGUUUAUUACUGUUUUCGGAGUCGAGUUAUUUCUGUAACCUUUGUGGGUUUUUCUUUUAUUAAACAGGGAACCAACAUUUUUUAUUUCCCAUGCAAGUCUUCUUCAGCCUCGAACAUGUUUUUUUUUUAUCCUGUUCAGCCCUAAAGGAUUAUAUAAAGUAAUGUGUAGUUUUAAUUCAAAGUUGAACCCAUUAUUUUAUAUCUGGCCUUAUCUUUCCGCUUGUAGCGAGGACUUAUGAUGGAUUUGUGAUUGUGAAAUGCAGGCCAAAUUGAUGCUAUGGAUAGAUCCCCUAAUAAAAUUGUUUAUUGGAGGCUUUCCCAAAGUAGGUUUGAAGUUAUGAAACCUUUUUGGAUGAUGCCUUAAGUUCAAACUCUUUACCUGAGACCAAUCUAAUGUGGGGAAUAAACACGUACCACCCAUCACUAUAUAUUAUACAUAAAAGAAAACACUGAGGUUGGUGUAAUAAGCUGACAUGUGACGGCCUUCAGGGUUAUUAAUGCAUCUCCAAGGCAACAUAUAGAAAUUCUUGUUUUCUCAGCUGCCUGGCAGUUUUACCUCAUCAGACGUUUCUCCACACAAUGUUGGCUCAAUGUACCGAGCCUUUUCUAAAAUUAAGCCGUGUGACAUCAGAGCAGUGACCUCACAGGGUGGGGGUUAAGUCUACAAAAACGGCGUGUGUAAAAGAUAACCUUUCAUCCAUUGUGGAGGGAGUGCGUACACACUGUUCUCCAUCGGCGUCCUGUACGCACACACAGACCGAGAUAACCUUUCUCCCCUCAGCAGAGAAUGAGACAGUCCAUCAACAGCCGGUCAUACAGAUAGCCCACCUGCAGCCGUCAACACACACACUCACUCUCACACGCUAUGCAUCGGUCUGCUCUUUAAACGCUUUCCCUUUCAAGACAAUCAGGCUUUUCUGCAUGAAGUCUUAAGUGUCAGUGUUGUGCAAUUUCAUAAAUAUAGCCAAUAUUGAAGUUAAUGUUAUGUAACUA